AUGUUGGAGCCGCAGCUCACGCCCUUUCACUACCUGUGUGCCGUCUUUGGCAUCUUCACCACCCUGCUGACCUUUGUGUCGUUCCUCGUCAAGGAGCGGUUCUUCAUCUCGGACUCGCUCUUGUCAUAUCUCGUCGGCGUCGUCGUCGGUCCCGCCGCCACAGGCCUUUUCAAUGUCCACGCUUGGACGAGCAGCGCGGCGGAGCUCGAGUCGGUCACGCUCGAGUUCACCCGCCUCUCGCUGUGCAUCCAGGUCAUCCUGGCCGGCAUCCAACUGCCGCCCCGGUUCGCUAAGCACGCGUGGCGGUCCAUGCUCACCAUGCUGCUGCCCGGCAUGGUGUGCAUGUGGCUCAUCAGCAGCCUCCUCGUCUGGGCCAUCUGCGUGCUCCCACAGAGCGGCGAGGAUUCGAGCACCACCACCGUGCGUAGGAUGCCAUUCCUCCAUGCCCUGGCCAUUGGCUCGUGCCUCGCGCCCACGGACCCGAUACUCGCCUCGACCAUUAUCAAGGGCCGCUGGGCGGACGAGCACGUGCCGGCGCCCCUCGCCCAGAUCAUCUCGGGCGAAAGUGGCGCCAACGACGGCCUGGGGUACCCUUUUCUCUUCCUGGCCCUGUACCUCAUCGCAUAUGUCGGCGGCGACGGGCAGUACGCCGCCACCGAGGGGGGCGCGUCCACGGCCAUGGCCCACUUCUUCGGCAAUACCGUCGCCUUUGUCGUUCUUCUCGGCGCCGUUUGGGGUGGACUCGCCGGCUACGUGUGCGCAAAGGUGCUGAGGAUGGCGCGGCGCCUGCACUACGUCGACCAAGAGAGCUUUUUUGCCUUUCCCGUCCUGCUGGCCAUCUUCCUCAUCGGGACCUGCGGACUCGCAGGGUCCGAUGACAUCCUCGCCGCCUUUGUCGCCGGCAAUGCCCUCUCCUGGACGGACUGGUUCCGCCACGAGACGGCCAACGACUCGUUUGGGACUACCGUCGACAUGUUUCUCAACGUGGCCUUGUUCAUCUACCUAGGUGCCGUGUGUCCCUGGGGCUCGUUCCAGUACGUUGCAGCGUCCGGCUCGCCGACAAUGGCCGCCGAGGCGGUGCUUCCGCUGUGGCGGUUGGUCUGCCUUGCUCUCGCGAUUCUGGCUCUGCGACGACUCCCUGUCCUUCUCGCCUUUCACAAACUUGGUUUGCUGGAGCCCCAUGUCAAAACCAUGCGGCAGGCCGCCUUUAUGGGCUUCUUUGGUCCCAUGGGCGUCUCCUCCAUCUUCUACGUCCACGAGAUUCUCCGCUUCUGCAGGAAAGACCUGUCCGGAGACGAUGGCACCCUGAGGCCCGACGUCCAAUACCUGCCGAGGGCGGCGGAGACGAUUGUGUGGUUCAUCGUAACAUGCAGUAUUGUGGUCCACGGACUGGCCAUACCGACGUAUCAGAUGGGCGUGGCCGUCUGGAUGCAAGCCUGGCCGGGGAAUCGCGAGCACCCCGAGCGACAUCACUACAGCUUCAAGGGCUUCGUCCAGAGGGAGAGCUAUGCCCUGCAUUCCGCGUGGGAGAAGUUUGAAGAGGGGGAGCACCACGCUGUGGAACAGCUCGAGGCCGGGCUGCAGCGUCGUCUGCGGGCCCGUCCCGGGUUCAGGCAGAUCAAAUCGGACGCUGGUUCACAGCGCGGCGAAUGGUGA